AUGAAAGAACAUUAAGGGUUAAUGGGAAAUGAAUUUCAACCAAUCAAAUAGAAGUACUUCUUACAUGAGAAAGAGUAAAUUAGAUAAGAUCCAUUUGUAGAGAGUUUGUAAGAAUAUUUCUAGAUAUUUCGGAGACGUAUAAUUUUGCAUAUAUUACUGUGUAUAUUGUAAACAUAAUAGCUCAUAGCAUUCUUCUUUUUGGCCCUUAUUAUUCCAUCUAUCAUAUUAUAGGCUGAUUUUAUAGAAUUAGAUGUAUCUGAAAGAGGUGGAAUAUUUAAGAUGGAGUAAACAUGGGAUCCCCCAAUAAGCAUACAAAUGUUUUCGAAAAUUGAUAUUCUGUUGCUUGAUGUUUAAUUGUUUUUAGAUGGAAAGGAGAUAGAAGAGUUCACAAUUUAUGAGCAUUUGUAUAUGAAUACUCAAUACAACUUGACUAGUAAUACAAAUUACAGUUUUAGUAAACUAAUUUAUUAAUGAGGCAGCAGUUAGAUUGAUGGCACAGUUCGACUUUGUACCCACGUCUUACUUGAUUAUCAUAGUUGUAAUGCUUGUCAUCUCCCUUUUGUACUCUAUCAUUACAUACACUCGUUACAAAAAACUUUGA